GACAGUGAAAGGCACCGUGGCUGUCGCGGCCGCGCGCGGCAUUUUCUCGUUGCCCAAAGCGAGGCUUUCUCGCCCUCGGCCGAAUGCGCAGCCCACGUCGGGGCUGCUGCCAGGGGGCGCGCACCCUUACGCACGAGAAUUUGCCUCGCGAUCUUUGGUCUUCUCGGCGGCUCCCCGUCGUAACUUAAUAGUUACGCGCCGCAGCCUGUGAUGUAGUGUCACCUCGUGCGUGGUGAGCGACGGACGAACAGGCUCGAACGGCAUAAAAACCUGCAAACGGAGGAAAUAGUAAUAUCUAUGCCAGCGAUUGCUGAAAGUUGAUUGGGACUGUAAUAGCGACACGAAGGAAUCGGAAGAAACUGCGUGACCAUGGAAAACUCGGAGAAAGCACAUUUGCAGAUGCAACCGAUUGACUCCCACAGUCCUCGCAAGGAGAACCACGAAGUCACUGCAGUCGGUAUAAAUAAUGCUGACGGUGUAAAUAAUACUGACAAUGUAGAUAAUGCUGAAAAGAUGUUCUCUUUAAGCGAAGAUGCGGCGGAUUAUGACCCUCAUAAGCAUCGGAAUCGACCACAUCCAACUUCAAAUUUCGAAACCCUGGUUCACUUGCUAAAGGGCAGUUUGGGCACGGGGAUUUUAGCGAUGCCGAAUGCGUUUUACAAUAGUGGCCUCCUGGUCGGUGUCAUAGCUACAAUUAUCAUAGGCGCAUUGUGCACGUACUGUCUGCACAUACUUGUAAAAGCUCAGUACAAAUUGUGUAAACGGUUAAGAGUUCCUAUAUUGAGCUAUCCGGACAGCAUGAAAUAUGCUCUGGAAAAAGGUCCUCGAUCCGUAAGCUGGUUUUCGCCCUAUGCACCAGGACUUGUAGACGGGUUUAUGAUAACAUAUCAAAUGGGAAUUUGCUGCGUUUAUAUCGUGUUUGUAGCAACAAAUAUCAAACAGGUGACAGACCAGUACUGGGAACCUUUGAGUGUUUCGACCCAUAUGCUCAUUUUGUUGCUUCCGCUGAUUUUGAUAAACUACAUUCGAAAUCUGAAGUUACUGGCGCCGUUUUCCACGGUAGCAAACCUUAUUACGUUCGUCGGACUCGGCAUGAUUCUAAAGUAUAUGUUUGAAGAUCUACCGCCGGUCAGCAGCAGGGAGAUGUUUGGUACAUUAAGAAAUUUUUCCCUCUAUUUUGGAACAACGUUAUUUGCGUUAGAAGCCGUCGGUGUGAUUAUAGCUCUGGAGAACAAUAUGAAGACGCCACAAAAUUUCGGAGGCAACUGUGGUGUAUUGAACAUAGGGAUGACUGUGAUUGUUGUCUUAUACAUAGCCAUGGGUUUCUUCGGCUACAUAAAAUACGGACCCGAAGCCGCGGGCAGCGUCACUUUUAAUCUACCAAAAGACGAAGUUAUGGCUCAAAGUAUUAAAAUAAUGUUCGCGAUCGCCAUAUUCAUAACGUAUGCCUUGCAAGCCUACGUGCCCGUUGAAAUUUUGUGGACCACCUACUUAGAUCAUCGAAUACGAAACCGCAAACUUUUGUGGGAAUACGUUUGUCGGACCGCUGUUACCCUAGUCACGUUCGUUCUGGCGAUCGCUAUACCGAGACUCGGCCUAUUUAUCUCCCUCUUCGGUGCGCUCUGCCUAUCCGCCCUCGGCAUCGCUUUCCCGGCGAUUAUUGAGAUAUGCGUGCUGUGGCCGGAGAACGAUUUCGGUCCCCUCAAAGUCAUGCUAAUCAAGAAUAUCCUCUUGAUCUUUUUCGGGCUGCUGGGUCUCGUGGUGGGGACCUACGUCAGCAUCGUGGACAUAGUGAACUCCUUCAAGUGAACACAUAAUCAAACGCGCGCUAAUAUUUUUCGAAACAGAGAAACGUACGUAGCGUGCGAACGAGCUUUGACGAUGACGGUGUCGAGCACGUCGAAAAGUAAACUAGCUCUCAAGCUCGUCUCCCUCUAUUUCUUUUUCUGCCUCUCUGUCUUUCUUUUACCGCCAUGAAUUUACUUAGAUUUUAUGUAGGUAAUUAAAAAAAAAAUAGACGCGAUAGCUUGUCGAAGAGCACUCGAAAUCUCGCGACAACAACCUCCGGUCGCAAAUGAUCGGGUGGUUCGAUCUGUGAUGAAAUCUCUCCUAAGCAUCGAUAAUGUAUCGGAAGACGUCAUCUCGCGCGGGUCGUUGUUAAAGAUUUUUAUUACUCACUUUAGAAAAGUGCAUAUUCUUAUGCGUUUAACCGGACCGGUGCGUACACAUACGAUAUAUGCGUACAAAUAUGUACAUAUAUCGUAUACUCACUGUAUACGAACGGUCCACUCAGUAUACAUAAAAAUGUCACGUCUAAAGCGGGUUUUACAUACAUAAAAUACACAUUAGUAUACGGAUAUCAAGUAGGUAUUCGUGAAGAAUUUUCCAAUUAGAUAAUUAUUCGUAAAAUAUUUGAGCUUAAGCUUUUUAUCUCGGUGAUACGAGUACUUAGAGACACGGCUGGCAUUCAUCGUUUUUUUUUGUAAGAUGGAUGUCGCAAUAAUCGAUACUCGAAUGACGUAAAUUCUUCAGGAAUUGGAAAUUUUUUAAUAAACGUUUAUAUUACAAAUUUUAUAAGGCAGCGAUUUUAGUGAAUGAAGCAGAAAAAUAUUGUCAAAUUAUGUUAUCAACAUUAUUAUUAAUAAAAUUUUGAGACAAAAAUUUAAGUAAAAUUAGAAAUUUUGUUUUAUUUUUUUUCAAUGUGCUAUAUUAGGUUUCCUUGACGGUCACUUUAUUAUAGAGACAAUUAUUCUGUUACUAACUUUUUUAUUUUAGAUUUCUCUCUUUAGCGAUAUCCUAGUCUUAAAAAGCAAUAAUCAGAAUGGUUCUUCGUCACGUUCUCUGUUUUGUUUUAUAUCUUACCAAUACUUAAUCAAAAUACAUGAUUAAACAUAUAUUAUCAAUAAUGAUUAUUGCGAUAUCCUUAUUGUGGGAAAUGUCUAAAUAUUAUAUUGUCGAUAGGAAACAUUUUAAUUUCAUGAUAAUAUUCAACCGUUUUAGAGUUCCAUUUAGUUCCAAAAUGUGGAGUGCUAAUCAAUGGAACGAAAUCUGAUUUUUAAAUCUUCUGAUUCUAAAUAUGAAAGUUCUUAUAUUUGACUUCAGAAGAUUUGUUCCUAAGCUUAUAGAUUUCUCUUCGAAAAAAGAGAUAUUGGCAAUAGAAGAAUUGCAUCUUCGUGCAAUUGACUGAAAAGAGAAAAGAAAUACUGUUUCAGCAAUACGUGACCCAAUGUUGAAAUAUUAAAAAUGAAAGUACACAUGAAAGUUACACAUGAAAGUUACAAAUCGAGAAUAAGUCAUUAUUAUACUGUACAUUCAUUCAUGCAUACAUGCGUUCCAUUUUUUACCGUCGAAAUUGUAAUAAUUGCUCUUUAGAUGCUCUUUAUGCACGCUGCAGAGUAAAUAAAGAUAUACUCUUAAGAAAUAAGCGUAAAAACGCAUGUAAAAGUGGAUUGUUAUCCACGAUUAUCGAAAUUAUCUUGAACUACAUUUAUUAUACGAAUCUUUUAUAAAUUUAUAAUUUUUAUGGGUACAUAAAGGUAUACUAUAGAAAAAAUCCAUAAGCAUGUUAGAACAACAAUUAGAAAAUUAAAGUAAUUCAUUGUUAUAUAUUUUUAAAUAUAUGUAUAAUUCGAGUGUUCCGCUACGAAGGUGAUAAGAUCUUUAUGUCGUGCUUCAUCUCCGUUACGUUUUGUUUAAUUUUGCUUAAUAGAUAAUCGUGUGAUCAUGUUUUAUUUUAUACGAGUAUCAAUUGAAUAUUUUUUUCACAAAUGUUGGACAGACAUUUGAGAUUUAUUUCUGUCUUUGAUGCAAUACUCAUAUGUAUAAUAAAUAUCUUAUUUUUACCUAUUUAUAGAUAAAGGGAUUCCCGUAACUUGUGCAUUUUAAAUAAUCUCUGCUAUCUUAAAUAGGAAAAAAUUUAAGUUAUAGAAUUUUGUGUUUUUGCGGAGCACUCGUAAUGUAUUGAUAAUAUUUUCAUUGUGCAUAAAGACAAGUAUAAAGGAAAUUUGAAGAGCAACUUGAUUUUUUUAAACUGUAACUGUUUUUCUUGCCUAAUAUAAUUCUUCUAAUCUUUCUGCAUAAAAGUAUGAAGAUGAAAUUAUCAAAAGAUCAAUACAAGAUAUUUUAUACUUUAUAUUAAAGUAUUAAAAAAAUAUUAAUUUCAAAUUACCUUAUCUCUUAUGUGAGAAAUGGAUCUCACAUAAGAGAUAUGGCAUUUAAAGAAAUCAAGUUGUUCUUGAAAAUUCUUUCAUGUCUCCAUGCGCAACGAAAUGAUUUUUCCACUAUAUUACCAGUCUCUCGAAGUUUUAAAACCUUGUAGGUUUAAUUUUUUCUAUUGUUUAAAAUAGCAAAGAUAUUUAAUAUGCAUAAGUUAAGUGGACCAUCCUAUAUAAUAUUAUUUUGCUCUCUUUGCUCAUAUUUACAUGGAAAUGGGAAUCCUUGAAUAAAAUAAAAACAACUGUUUAAAAUGUCAAUCAACGUAAUAAUAUUAGACUGAAAAAAAUAUCACUACGCUAUAAUCGCAAAUGUAAAGCAUUUCUUAGGCUGACAAUGAGAAAGUAAUAUUGCAAUCUGAAAGUAUCCUCUAAAAACGAGGUGUUAUUGUUGACUAUCAAUGACUAUUAAUACGUUACAUUGUUGAAUAGUGUCUAAUUACAAACACACACACACACACAAAUUGUGUUAUCUAAGCAAAUUUUAAAUUAAUCGUAAGCCAGAAGGAAAUAUGGAAUCUUGUUGGAAAUAAAAAUUAUAUUGAUAUUUUAAAAGUGUCACGCAAGACGGUACUGGCUGAAUAUUAACUCUCAUGCACAUCACGAGUGUUACAAACACAUCAGUAAAAACACAUUGCCUUCCUCUGAUACUUGUUAUCAAGAUAAUAGCGAUAGGACGAUAUGAAAUCAGAAUAGAAAUAAGGAAAAACCUGUCGUCAGUAGUGAAAUGCGUAGAAGUGAUAAUACUAUUGUGCUAAUAGUUGCGACGCAAGCUAUAGAUUAGUAACGAUCUCACAGAAGAGGAACAAAUGUAAAAUACAUUAAACAUCUAAAUACACCGUUUUAUACGUGAAAAAAAAUGGACCAAAA